AUGAGUGGUAUAGUUGGAUCAACUCGUGGGCUUGGGAGCAAGUAUGGGCUUGGUGUCAGUUCUCUGGGAUCAUCCAGCGACGUCGUUCAAAUACGUUUGCAGGGUGAUUCCUAUCCUAGUAGCGAUUCUUUGGGUUUGUCCGGAAUGGAUAUGUUCGGUGGACUAUCUGGUUAUGGUGUUUCUUCCGGUGUACCCUAUUAUGUAGACUCAGUAGGUGGGAGUGUAAGUCUAGGUGGAGGAAUGUUGGGAUUUGACGAUGAACUUGGUCACUCAGGACUAGAUAAUAGUGAACUUGUCCAGUUGUUGGGAGGCAGUCAAGCUAUCGCCCAGCUUUCAGAUAGUCAACUAGAAGAACUUGGUCGUGCACAGUUUACUAUCGUGGAUCCUAGGACUGACAGUGAGCUGGCAAACUGUCCUCUAAGUUUAUCCGUGGAAGAAGAUGAUCGACCUUUAGAUGAAGAUGAGAUCUUGUGUGUAACCAAAGCAAGAUGCCUGGAUCGUGUUCGUGUCCUGUCUGUUCCAGCUUCCGGAUAUACAAGUAUAAAUACUGGUGAUCUUGCCAAAUGCAUCAAUCUGCGUGAAUUAGAUUUGUCAGAGAAUGCAUUACGCGUAUUCCCCAGACGUCUGCAUUUACCGCAGUUAACAAAACUCAGCAUUACAGGGAAUAGAUUUAUACACCUACCGUUGUUUGAACAAUUUCCUAAACUCAUUCGAUUGAAUUUAGACGACAAACUGAAACAAUUAUUAAACCCUCAAAUGUUGGUCUAUUUUUGUCCGAAACUUAAGUAUAUUAAUGGUAUAUAUUUUGAAGAAAUGCUAACCGAUUUCACAGUUCGUAUUAUUCAAGAAGCACGUUCAAUAAUGGAACCUAUUAUAAGAUCAAAGUGGGAAACAGACUUUGCUGAUCAGUAUCCUUUUGUUAAAAAUCGAGAAGAACGUAUGUCAUUGAUUGAAAACAUGAUGGAGCAUAUAAAAGAGCGUAAUCUUCUGGUUGGUGAAGCCUUAAACAAGUAUAAAGAUUUAUUGUUGUUUCGUUGUAUCGAUGAGUUUCUACGAUCCAUGAUAUAUGAUGCCACGGAUAGGGAAUUGUUGCAUGCAGUUAAUUCUCUGGAUACUCCUAAACCAAUUACAGAUGUAGAGAAUUCUACGGAUGUCACUCAUACUACUACGACUACUACUGAUGUUACAAAUAAAUUAUUUAUCAAAUCAGGUGAAUCCACCGCUAAUGAGAAUCAUACUUUGACAGAAACCAUCACAAAUAAAAUGACUGAUAACUAUUUGACUGAAUCGGUUGAUGAUGGCGCUGCUGCUAAUGAUAAUGAUGGGGAUAUUACUGGUGGUGCUAAUAUUACUACUACCACUGCUAUCACCAGUCAACAUGAGAAUAUUGAUUCAUUACAGUUGCGUACAAAACUUUCUGCAUGUGAUUUAGAAUCUGACGACAUACAAGAUGAUGAAGAUGAUGAUGAGGGGGAAGAAAAAGAAGCAGCUGCGCGAGCUGCAAAUGAAUGUGCGCUGUUCGAUGCUACCGACGAAUUGUUAGGUACUCAUUUACCUGAUUUACAAUUAUUAGCUCAAAGUGCUAAUCAACUGCAAACUACUUUUUUUGUGGAUUCAAUGGGUCGUUUACAUCAACAACAAGUACUUCUCACUCCGAAUGGUGCUUGUCAGUUAGGUUUACAAACUAAUGGACUAUCAAAUUAUCAACUGCAUUUGGGACGGUCAUUACGUCAAGGUCGUUCUAUAGUUAUGACUGUUGUUCGUCCACGUGGUAUCAGUGGACGACCAGUGGCCGAAUUUUUGCCUGGUGAACUGCGUAACAAAGAUUAUGUCAAAGGUUAUAUGGCCUCUGAGAUAUAUAAGAAGGCUGUCAAAGAUACUUUAGGUCAAAAAACAACUCCUAAGAAACGUACUGGUACUGGUAAAAUUCGGAAAUCCGAUCAAAUUAAUACAUCAACAGGGGAACGUCCUUGGCCUGGAUCGACGACAACUAGUACGAUUCCAUUAGGCGAACUGAACACUGAAUUGGGCAAUACAGGAGCACCUACCAAAAGAGUAACUUGUACAUCCAACCAGAUGGCGAGUUCACGAACCGGAUCAAAUCGGCCGAGUAAAGUCGACUUUGAUGUCGGCGAAGACACAGGUGGCGCAACAGGCGGUCUUCCUCCUCGACCAAAGAAACGGAAGUCUAUGGGAAUGCAUAGAAGUUUAAGAGAUCUUUGUUCAGAUACCCCAUUCUCAUCUGAUGCCUAUAACAAUACCACUGCUAAUACAGUUGUUGGCGGUGGUCCUAGAUCUGAUGCAACUCCAAUCGACUACGACCCAUUACAUUUCAUUCGUUGUCAUGCUAAGGACAAUGAUGCAGGAGAUAGUGAAACUAAAGUUUGGCGUUGCCUAUUUGAACCAAAUCCAAUGAGACCCGAUGAAACAACCCACGUAGUUGCAACCUGUGGUGGUGAAUGUGUCUGUCUAAUCAAUUGUGAAACCGGCAAAGUUAUGAAGCGUUUUAAACAUAUGGAAGAGGCAUCUGUAAUCGUUUGGGAUAUUGGAAUUCCAUCUGUUCCAGACUAUAAAACACGUUAUCAACUAUUAAUGCGUCUUCGUUGUCCUAGAUUAGAUGUGAAUCCAGUAUUAAAUCUAGUUUUCCUUCCACAUUAUGCUUAUUUAAUAGCUGGUUGUGAGGAUGGACUGUUUGCAUGGAAAAUAACCGAUCUACGUUUAGAGAAACGAGAACGUGAACCGGAUAUGGAGUUGAAAUUGGACUUUAAUCAUGAAGUUUGUAUUGAUGCUUUAGCUCAGCUAAGCGAUAAUGCAUUAGUUUUAAAAGUAGUGGAGUCUGGUGAAAUUAUGGUGUUCGAUUUUGCAUCUAUUUUGGAACGACGUAAAGGACUUCAGCGUGUUGUCCCAAUUGAGAUGCGAGGUCACUUGUUAUGGCAGAAAACGGAUGAAAUCUAUAUCAAUGUAUCUGUUAGACAAAAUCUAGGUGCUGUCCUAUGCGGUGAUAACGAAGGCUCAAUUUGGAUAUAUGACUUGGAUCCAUACUUGGAUGAUUUGCAUUCUUCUAGUCGUAAACGUUUUCAUGUAAAACCAAUCAAGAUUCUUGAAUGGCCUGAAUGUUCAGUUCAAGGUAAUCGUGAUGAAGAUCAACAAUUGAAAGAAAGUAUUACAUCAGGUUUUCGUAAUCCUGUUGUAAAUUCAGUUGAAAUGAGCUCAGAUGGUUAUUAUCUAGCAGCUGUAACUGAUAACAAUCUUGUAUGUAUAUGGCGAUAUGCUCCACCCCAACAACAACAACAGUACUCUCAAAUAAUCCAACAAACCACAACAUCAUCAUUACAUCAAACUACUCCUAUGCAACAUAAUAGCAAUCAAUUAACAGCUAUCAAUAGUUCUAUUGUUACUGUUCCCAAUGUUGCUAGUAUAAUCAAUGAUGACACAUCAUCGUCAACGAUAGCAUGCAUGGAACUUUUAAACAAUACUAAUACUAAUAAUUCAUCAAUUGCUUUAAAAUCAAAUGCCAUAGAACUUGUUACUACCGGUCAACAUUUAUUAGAAUAAAUAUCGUUAUCAUUAUGAUGAUAAUGUUAUACGAUUUGUCUUGUAUUUUUGUUAUUACUGUAUCAUGAUUUAUGUAGAUGUUCUCUCCUCUCUCUCUCUCAUAUAUAUAUAUAUAUAUAUAUAUAUAUAUAUAUAUAAUUUUGUAUAGAACUCAGUUAUUGACUUCUAGGCGCCGGAAAUAUCCUAUGCAAAUACAAGGCGUCUUUAGUUUUUGAUUUUUACUCAUUCAAUUAUCACUUUCGUUUUUUACUAUCAUCCACCAUGUCAUAUUUGUUCAUAUCUAUAGUUACUUCGAAGAAUCAUGCUUCAUUUAUUGUUCUAUUCAUGUGCCUACAUGUUUCAAAUACUUGUAAACACCAAGUUAGUUACAUUGUUAUCAGAAAGAUGAAGGUGGUAUCACUGUCUCCUUCCGUCUCUCCUUCACUCCAAUUUUUCGUUAUUUUUGUACCUUCUUUCCGGUUUUUGUAAUCCAUAGUGUGUUGUCUGCAUGAAGUAUCUCUCUUUGAUAUUCUCACUUUAAUUUUUACCUAAACAGUAUCGAUAAAGUGUCAUUUGCUAUCAUUAUUACCAUAUAAAAGUAACAUUAUUAUUAUUAUUAUUA